GGAGUAGAGAGUGGGGAUUGUUCAGCUGCAGAGCCUCCAGCCUGGAGCGCACGCAUGUUCAGUGGACUCGGCUGGUGCGAAGCCCUAAAUGAGGGACUCGGACGUCCGGGAAUGACAGCCGCUGUCACCGGGAGUGACAGCCUUCACUCUGAGCGACUCCUCUGAAACUGCUCCAGUUGACGCUCAGGCACUGAUCCGGAUCGGAUCCAGAAAACAGCCAGGACUAUGCCAGAGAUGGAGAAAGGGAGACCGCCGGAAAAUAAACGCAGCAGGAAACCCGCGCACCCUGUAAAGAGGGAGAUCAACCAGGAGAUGAAGACGUUUGCUGAAAGCACCAUGAACGAGCUGCUGGGGUGGUACGGAUACGACAAGGUUGAUCUCAGAGACUCGGAGGCCAAUGAGAUCAGGAACUACAGAGAGAGACGCCAGCAUGUGUCUGUGCUCAAAGAAAAUUCAUUGCCAAAACCCAAAAGCAUGGAAAACAAAGUCGGCCACUCAGUCCUUGCGAUGAAGAGCGGAGACAGAGAGUCCUCGAGUGUUCCUUCCUCCUCGCCCUCCUCUUCCUCAACCAGUUCAUCGCUGACCACCCCGAAGGAGCACAAGAGUGCGCCUGUCAUUGUCCCUCUCAUAAAGCCAUCAGCAGUUGAAGACGUCCAGAACGUGCAGAUUGUUUGCGUUUGGUGCCAGAAGGAAGGUGUGAAACGCUACUCUCUGUGUAUGGGCUCAGAGCUCAAGAGCUUCUGCAGCGAAAAGUGUUUUGCCGCCUGCAGACGGGCUUACUUCAAACGCAAUAAGGCCAGAGAUGAAGAUCUCCAUGGUGAGAGAUCCCCGCAGCACGCCCACACAGAGGAUUCGCCCAGACUGGUGCUGAAGAUAAACACCAAUGUCAGAUCUCUCUCUCCUGUACCACAGGUAUGUGAUUGGUGCAAGCACGUUCGUCACACGAAAGAAUACCUGGACUUCGGCUCUGGUGAAGAACGACUGCAGUUCUGCAGCACCAAGUGUCUGAACCAGUACAAGAUGGAUGUUUUCUACAGGGAAGCCCGAGCAGCUCUCACCAGCACCAGUUCCAGCCCAAACAGAAGCAGUCAGGAGGGACGUAUGGACAGCAGUGUGACUGGGCAGAAGCUGCUCACCCCUGAGUCUUGGAACAGCAACAGCGGCACAGGGGAAGCCCGUAAUAGAAACCUCUCACCUAAAGGGCAUGCACUAAUCCAUGGCUCAGCAGAAUCCACCUCCAUUUCUCCCUCAGAAGCAACUUCCUCCUCGUCCUCCAAAGUAUCUGUUUCUGGUCUGAGGAACCUGGAGAGAGUCAUUCAGCCUCCUCCACCUCCCCCUACUGUGGAUGUGUCUCCCCAUCCUGCGCCCCUUCCUCAUCCACCUCCACCACGCCCCCCUCUGGAGCAGAAGCCCAUAUCCCAGAUCCCCAUUCCCUUCAUAAGGCCUCCUCUUCACGCCCAGGGCCUCAAAAGCCCCCUUGCCAAUAUUCCCAGGCAUCCAGGCCCCCCUUCCAGCCCUAUUCACAGACCUCCACACUCCCCUCACCUGCAGCCCCCAACCCCUUCUUCUAUGAAUCCCCCUGGACUGAUGCAUCCCUACCCAGGGUCUUACUUUCCCGGUUUGCAUUCACCUCCUUUAAACAUGAUGCCAAGAGGUCCGGUCCCAAUGCCCCCUAUGAUGAACUUUGGUAUUCCUUCAUUUAGUCCUCUUCUGCCUCAGCCCACUGUCCUGGUGCCUUAUCCUGUAAUUGUUCCACUCCCUGUCCCCAUUCCCAUUCCAGUCCCCAUUCCUGUACCCCCGAAAGCAGCUCAAGAGCCUCCAAGUCACAGCGGCGUCAUCCAGCCAGUGCCAGAGGGGGCAGACAGGAGCAGAUCCAGGCUUGCCAGACCACCGUCACCGGGGAUCGCUGAAGGGGACAACAGAGCGGGACCCAACAAAUUUGGAGGGACCUUGAUGCAAGGGUUGUCUUCACCAAGUGAGCCUGGUUCAAAGGACACCGACUGGGUGAAAUCAGAGCGGCCAUUUCUCUCUCCAGCAUCCACGCCCCAAAGUGAAACGUCUUCACCAAGAGCACAGUGCAGUGAAUCCCCCUGCUCAGCCGCAGGGUCAGACAUGCUGACAGACUAUAAACAGCAGCAGCACUCAGAUCGACAAGUCAUUCAAAGGGUUCUGUACAGAACCAAAGUGAAGUUGGAACCCAGUGCCAAUGGAGUGGUGGACCUUUCGGGGCUGCAGGAGUCAGGAAACAUGCAGGUCGACAGAUCGGGGCAUCAUGAUAUUAUCAGGCCCACCCCUCCGCUGCCACAUUCACCUUCACAGGACACUGUCUACCAGCACUACGACUCCCACACUCCUCCUUCCCGCUCCCCUACGAGCUCCAUGGAGAGCAGCCACCUGAAUGAUGCCUCUGCCCUGAAACCUCAGGACCAUGGUCUAAAUGGGCUGUCCUCUGCAUCCGCACCUGCCAGUCCAGAUUCUUCCCAACCCCAGAGAUUACCAGCACCUCACCUUGAACCUGCAGCGAAUGAGCUGGAGGCCAUCAAAGAAAACAAGUGUUCUGUCGUCAGCCCAGCACGGGUUGAAGGGCCAGCUAGUCAGCUUGAAGAGCCCUUGUCGGUUGUCAGAGACGCGGGAGAGGACGCCCAUGUUCCCGAUGAGGACCAUGCCUAUGCUUUGCCCACAGCACCAAAGACAGGUGGGACCACCACCCCAUUGCUCUUGCCCAAACUCAGGGACAAGGGUAACCUGCGGAGCCCUGCUAAUGUGCCCAGCACAGGAGACAUGGAGCCAGCUCUGAAAAGGCGAUGCCUACGAAUCCGAGAUCAGAAUAAGUAGAGGAUGGAGACUCCCUGUUCAACACUGUAUGGCAGUGCCAGAUUCAGUGCCACGCCCUCUUGUGGACGACGCCAGUGCUACCGCCCUCCAGCCUGUCCUUCGGCCUGUCAGCCCACCAGAGUGCCACUCUGCCUGUAGACCAGCAGGGUGCCAGCCCAGGAAGCAGUCCAGAUGGCCAAGCUAUCACGAGUCAACAUGGGGGAAGAACACAGCGCAGCCACACAUUUUGUCUUGGACCAAAGAGCGUCGCCUGCUAGUGGGUUUUGUUGUAUUCAGUGAGCGUUUGAAACGGAGCAUCUCAGAUCGUCUUCCUGUCUGACAAUGCCCUAAAGUGUGUGUGUGUGUGUAUGUGUGUGCGGUUGCCCAGAUGCGAUCCUCCUCCUCCUCCUCUUCUCCUUCCUCCUCCUCCUCCUCCUCCUCUCCAUGCUCCUCACAGCAGACAGCCCUCUGAUCAGCCUUGUGUGGUCUUCUCAGAUGGAGCCUGAACAUGAUCUCUUUCCAGGGGAAACGGUUUGUUUUCUCUGCCCGGCUUGCACAAAGGGCCACAUUGUUCCUCUCCCCAUAUCCCACGCUGACUCCCCACUCCAGGUUUUGGGUUACCUGGCCGACGGGGGCUCAGACUUCAGGAGCUUUUUUAUUUUUUUGACCGACAGCCAGGAAUAUAGUAUACCCUUCUCUCCUCCACCUAUCCGCCCAAUCUAAAUACGGUACACACUACACACACAAGCUCUGAGGUUUUAUCCUCUCACAACUGAUUGCCUGUGAUUCCCUCCUCUGCUCACUUCCUUCAAGAGAGGAGAGAAAUUCUGCCGAGAUUUAUCCUCCAGCAGUUUACUCACUCUGCAGAGAGAGUCAAGCUAGGGAGGACAAUCCCUGAAGGAGAGUUUCUUCACUUUUAAAACAAUGUACACAGAAUAUAUAUAUGAGGGUACGCCUACUGAUACACAGUAGCCAGGAUGGUCUGUGAACACUUUAGUCGUCUUGAUGACGCUGGUACUAAAAUGUGUGAUUUACAGAUACACACUCAUUACUCACCUGAUCCAGCAAAGCUUUGAUGUUAAAUCACAGUUUGUGUCACCUGUAGCACCGAGUGCCAUGCAUGUUUACGUUGAAACCCUGAACAUUCAUGAGACAGAACAGUUGAACUGAUCCGAACUUUGACUAUAUAUAUAUAUAUUUUUUUUUUCUAUUAUUGGCUCUGUCAGAUAUUUCUGAAAAUGAAAACAUUUGUAAUAUUACCAAAUGUGGUAUUAUACGCAAAAGCAUCAAAUGCAGUAGUAUGCAGCGAUCAGUAUUACAGUUCCCACUAUUGGGGGCAAGAUUUGAUCCAGAUUGAUCACUUAAAGGCUUGUUCACACUUGUCCCAUUGUAAGAUUUCAGUUUUCUAGUUAAGCUGUACUCAGAAACUAUCUGAUGUUAUAUUAACUUAUGGAUGAUGCAUCUGUAGAGUUUCAGAAAAAAAAGCUUUAUAUCUUCAUUUGUCUCGAUUGUUUGUUGUUUUUUUUUUGUUUUUUUUUGAGUGCUGAAGCUCUUAAAUGCCCCCAUGUUUCAUGUGUUUAUAUGCUGUAUCUCCACUAGAGAGCAGUGUUUGCCUUUGUAAGUUUGCACCUGUCUGUUUCUGACAAGAAAGCACCUGGAGGCCAACAGGCAGAACCAUAUAAUCUCACUGAACACAACCCUGCACUCAGUGCCAUCUGACUGAAAACUAAUGCCAAACUCACAGGCUUUCCUUCACGCCUUGCCAUCAUUUCAUCUGAAAUGUUGCUCAUCUCUGCAGUGUCAUACCAAGGUCGCUGAGAGUGUCCCCCGCUUAGCCUCUUCAUUCAUGGCCAUUCACCCAGAACACUUCCAAAUACGGCCCACCUGCCUGCCAUCAUUCCAAAAUUACCAAUCACAUGCCUAUCGGUUUGUGUGAGUGCGUGUGUGUGUGUGUGCGUGUGUGUGUGUGUGUGUGUGUGUGUGUGUGUGUGUGUGUGUAUACCUUCACCGUCACCCCUCUCAUUCCAGCCUACACCCUCACCACAGAUCAUGCCAUUAUAUUUGUGUCAUCCUGGGCCGGGGAGGGGAUUUUGUCCACAGCCUGUGUGAGUCACUGAUGACACGGCUCCAUACAAAUAGCUGCAGUGUCAACAAGUGGUCCUCCCCUGUGAUGGCAAAGGUCAAAUGUCACAUAAUUAAGACUGCCAUUAUUGAUUUUUAUCAGCAUUGUCGUUUCUCGCCUGAUACAUCAAGUUGACAAACAUACUUUUAUGUCAGAGUUUUUUUUUUGUUUUGUUUUGUUAUUUGUUUGCUAUUAUUGCCUGAAAUGCUUUUAGGUACUUUCUGAAAUCCCCAUGCCAAACAUUUACUGAAUUAAAACUGUUUGUAAUUGAAAAAAAAAAGAAGAAGAAGUAACCAAGAGUUGCGGAGAAGACCUCUUU